CUAUAUACAUUAUGAUUAUGAUGAUCUGUAAGUCAUAGUUGGCCCCUGUUUUUUCAAUCUACAACUACAUCGCUGUCUACGAAGUCAGAUACAUUGGAAGCAGCUGCUCUGUUUGUGGAAAUGUGGAGCAUCUAUAAAGUAUUAGUCUUCGCUUUGGUGUCAGCAUCAAGCUUCACACCCGUGUAUGCCCUGGAUUUCUGCCAAACUACCGACCCUGAUUGUAACAGUCAUGAUAACAUAGCAUCAAACACCCAGCAGUCCCUACACACAUUCAAAUCCAGGUGGAACAUGAGUGCUGCAAACCUUAUACAGCACCUGGACCAAUUUACAGUCUCCUGCAAGAAGCUCAUCGAUGCUUUUCCAAUCGAUGAGGUUGAUGGCAAUUUUGUUCGGACUGUGAAGAACUGCAUAUUCUCCAAAUCCAUUCCAACUUCACUGAAAGGCCCAUUAAAACUAGCAGCAGUUUCUAAGGAUGUCAUUGAGGGGAUCUUAGAUUUGGACAUAGCUGUGACCCAGUCUGAUGAUUUCCUGCAUUAUGCCAGUGGUGGCAGACUGCUACCAGGAUCAAUACCUCUUGCACACAGAUAUGGGGGUCAUCAGUUUGGCUACUGGGCAGGUCAGCUGGGUGAUGGUCGAGCACAUUCCCUCGGUCAGUAUAUCAACAGGAAAGGAGAAAUAUGGGAACUGCAGCUUAAAGGCUCUGGAAAAACACCAUAUUCAAGGUCAGGAGACGGUCGAGCCGUGAUCCGCUCGUCUGUCAGAGAAUUUCUGUGCAGUGAGGCGAUGCAUUUCUUGGGUGUUCCCACCAGCAGGGCCGCCAGUCUUAUUGUAAGUGAGGAGCCGGUGUUUAGGGAUCAAUUCUACAAUGGCAAUGUGAAGACAGAGAGAGGAGCUGUUGUACUCCGUCUAGCUAAAUCAUGGCUUCGGAUUGGAUCAUUAGAAAUUUUGUCUCAUAGUGGAGAGAUCGAUCUUCUGAGAAAGCUGUUGAACUUCGUGAUCGAUGAACAUUUUCCUUCCAUCAAUUCAAAUGACCCAGAUAAAUAUUUGGUGUUAUACACUACAGUCGUAAAUGAAACAGCACAUCUAAUUGCUCAGUGGAUGUCAGUUGGGUUUACACAUGGUGUGUGCAACACAGACAACUUCAGUCUCCUGUCCAUCACCAUCGACUAUGGACCUUUUGGCUUCAUGGAGUCGUACGACCCCAAUUUUGUCCCGAACACGUCAGACGAUGAGGGAAGAUACAGCAUAGGAGCUCAGGCCAAUGUCGGACUGUUCAACCUGGAGAAACUCCUGGGGGCUCUUAGUCCUGUGCUUUCUAAUAAACAGCAGAGAGAGGCUAAAAUCAUUUUGAAGGGAUAUGUUGAUAUUUACCAGAUGAGGAUUCACCAGAUAUUUAAAGCAAAACUGGGGCUCCUUGAUGAGGAGGAGAAUGAUGGCUAUCUCAUUGCUUUCCUGCUUAAGAUGAUGGAGGACACACAGUCUGAUUUCACCAUGACAUUCAGGCAACUUAGUGAAGCUUCAGCCGAGCAGCUUCACAACAGGGACUUCACGAAGAUGUGGGCUCUUGAAGACUUGUCAUCACACAAGCACUUCUCUGAUUGGCUCAAUAUGUACCUGCUGCGGCUCAGCAGGCAACCAAAUGAUAACGAUGCAGAUCGUCAAGACAGGAUGAAAACUGUGAACCCUAGAUAUGUGCUGAGGAACUGGAUGGCGGAGUCUGCUAUAAGGAAAACUGAGAUGAAUGAUUUUUCAGAGGUGGAGCAGAUGCACCGUGUACUUUCAUUCCCCUUUGUUACACAAAAGACUGCAGAGGAGGCGGGCUAUGCAGCAAGACCUCCACUGUGGGCUAAGAGGUUAAAGGUCAGCUGUUCUUCAUGAGUAGCUAGAUGCUAAGAUGAAGAAUUUCAACCUAACUUUAGUGAUAUUUUUUCAUUUUCCUUUUUGGUCAUAU